AUGUCUCCUAUUGAUGUGUUUGCAAUUCCGAAGGGCUCGACUGUUCUGGUAACCGGCACCAACGGCCAGGUUGGCUCUCACGUUGCCGACCAGUUCCUUCAAUUCGGCUAUAAAGUCCGUGGCGCAGUCCGCGAUACGAAGAAGAAUGCCUGGCUCAACACUGUCUUCAACGAAAAGUACGGAAAUGAUAAAUUCGAGCUAGUAUCCAUUCCGGACAUGGCAGUGCCUGAAGCAUUUGACGAAGCUAUAAAGGGGGUGUCAGCUAUCUCCCAUGUAGCCACUGUUAUGAUAUUCGAUCCCGACCCAAAUAAAGUCAUCCCUACUGUCAUUUCCGGUGCCAUUAAUGCACUCAAAGCUGCUUAUGCAGAGCCAAGUGUUAAGCGCUUUAUCUUUACCUCUUCUUCGACGACGGCAGCGAUGUCGCCCAAGCCAAAUGUGCCCGGAAUCGUUAUAACAGAAGAUACCUGGAAUGAAGAAGCCGUUAAGCUGGCUUGGGCAGAACCGCCUUACCUUCCGGAACGCUCUGCUAUUACUUAUGCUGCCAGCAAGACGCAAGCCGAGCAGGAGGUCUGGAAGUUUCAUGGGGAAAACAAACACAAACGCCCAGACCUAGUUGUCAAUAUAGUGCUUCCCAAUGCGAAUCUUGGCAAGAGUCUUGACCUUGUCAAUCAAGGGCAUGCUUCUACCUCCGGAUUUAUUGCUCUUGCGUGGCAUGGUCGAAACAUGGAGAUGCUUCACCAGCUUCUGCCUCACUGUGGGCUUCUCCAUGUUGCUGCAGCCAUCCACCCUGAUUUUCAAGACGAAUGUAUCUUUGCUAUAGCAGAAACUAUCAACUGGGAUAAGAUUCUGGGCAUCUUGCGCAGGCAAAAUCCGGAAAGAAAGUUCAUUGAUAACUUCCAGAGCGAACAGGAUCUCUGCGAGGUCAAGCCGAGAGCCAGAGCAGAGCAACUGCUUCGUGACUUGGGAAGGCCGGGAUGGACAUUGCUCGAGGACAGUCUUCUAAUGAACACGGAAGAUCUCCGUGCUGCGAACUGA